AUGCUGCCUGCCGUGGUGAAGCUCUGCUGUGGAAUCUCCUACCCUCACCUCAGGACCAUGGCAGGACUGCAACGGCGAGCUAUCGCAGCGAUCGGCCAGGAGCUAGCUCACAUGCAGAGGAAUGGGCAGACCCAACUACCAGCAUGGACCAGCCAUGUGGGUUGGCAGACUGAGAGCUCCAGAAGAGAGGUAGUCAACCCAGUCCCGUUGAAAGAGGAGGAGCUGCUGUACAUAAGACGUGGGCACGAGGCGCUGACCAAGGCUCUGGACAUUGUUGAGGAUAAGAACGGAUGGAAAACAGAACUCACAGAGGAGAACGGGGAUGUGAUCUACAGUAAAGUGUUGUCUGGGGACAGGAAAGUCUUCAGACUGGAGACUGUGUUAGACGCCACCCCAGAAGAGAUACAUCACAUCCUGUGGAAGGUGGAGGAGAUGCACCAGUGGAACCCAAGCAUCAAAAACAUCAAGGUUCUAAAGCAAGCUGGCCCGGAAACCAUGGUUACGCACGAGGUGUCAGCAGAGACAGCCGGCAACCUGAUAGGCCAGAGAGACUUCCUGAGUGUGAGACACUUCUCCAGACAGGAGUCAUGUAUCUAUCUGGGGGGAGCAGCCACACACCUGGAGUCCUUCCCUCCUCAGAAAGGCUUCGUCAGAGCGGAGGACGGACCAACGUGUAUUGUCAUUGAGCCCCUGGCAGACGACACAGGCAGGAGCCACUUUACGUGGCUCCUCAACAUGGAUGUCAAGGGCUGGCUGCCAAAGUCAAUCGUCAAUCAAGCUUUGCCGCGAGCGCAGGUGGAUUUCACCCGGUGUCUGCGCAGACGGCUCGCCGAGGGACCUACUCAGCGACACACAAACCACCAUGCUCCCACAGUGUCUAGAGCCAGACAACCACCGCACACACUCUCUGACACACACUAACUGGAGUUGAGUGCUUGGGAGUAGAAACAGAGAGAGAGAGACUUAGAGAGAGACUGAAGGACCUGGCUGCCAUUCACACACACACACAGAGAGACAGAACCGUCUGCAGGCUGGCUCUGGCCUUUCACUAGGAGCACCCAGACACCCAGAGGAGAGCCACCCACCGCUGUGAAGACAUGCCAGGGUGCCCUCUCUUUCAGGGUGUGUGACAGACACACACAUCUACACACACACACACACACACGGGAAGUGUUGGUUGAAGCUACUCUGAAUAUAUAGUUUACCAAGCUACCAAUUACUUCACACUGGAAUAAGUUAAGCUACACUAAAGCUCACUCCAUCCAAACUACUUUGUGAAAAAGUAUCAUAUCUAAAUCUGAAAUGUCAUAGACUACACAUUGCAAGAAUAGAUCACUUUGGGGUCAUAUCUUAACAGAAUGUGUAAUUUUGCCGCCUGUUAAAGACCCCAAAACAAUAUUUCAAAUGAAAAUUAGGCAGGUGGCAUGCUGAAAAAGACAGGAAAUGAUUGCCUACUUUAGCCAUAUUUUAUUUUUGCCAAAACAGUAGUGUGUAGUUCCAGUACUUAGCUACACCGCUACAUG